AAUUGUGAACGUGUCUCUUUAAGGAUCUGCAACGCUUCCGGUUGUAACUGCUAUUAGUUGCACUAUGGACUUUAAACAAACUCGCUGAAUGUAAUGCUUGUGUGUCGCUUAUUCAAAAUAAUAAAACAGCGAAAUGAUUUGCAUCUUGUUGGUUGCAGGGCACGGCACGAUUUUAGAGACACAGAUUAAGAGUGAUGUUACAGGUCUGUAUACUCAUCUGAUCGGUGUGCCCAAAGCUCUUUUACCUGGAGUGGGGGGAAAGAAAAUAUUGGAUUUCUGGUGGGAAACCGUUAACACGCGUCAGCUCUUCAGUGAAGUCUAUUUGGUCACAAAUGCUGAUAAAUACAAGCACUAUGAGCGGUGGGCAACGGCGAAUGACUUUCCAGUGGAGAAUGUUGUUAAUGAUGGCAGCACGACUCUAGAUGACCGACUCGGGGCUGUUGCUGACCUUGAGUUGGCCAUUCGAAGCCGGCAGUUGCAAGAUGACAUCAUGGUGAUCGCAGGAGACAUGCUUUGUGCCGAUCAGAAUUUUGACAUUGCUCAAGUCAUUCGCUUUUUCAGGUCUAAGCCUGGGGAACUUGCAAUAUAUUAUGAACUGGAGACAGGAGAGAAGAGCUACACCAGAGGAAUUGUUGAAGUGUGUCCUAAUACUCAUCGGGUCAUGCGCUUCCUUGAAAAGCCUCAGGAGGGCGUCACUGCAUCUCGACUCGCCAGCGUUGUCUUCUACUGUCUGCGUAAAGAGUCAUUACCAUACAUCUCCGAAUUCCUCUGCAACCACCCAGAUGUUAAAGACAGAACCUUUGGAAAGUUUUGGGAAUGGCUUGUAAAUGAGGAGAAAGUGCCUGUCUAUGGGAUGAAGUUGCCAACAGGAUUUCAGCUUAUUGGUCAAGUGGGUCUGUCCGACUACACAAAAUGGCUUGCUCACUAUUCUUCAAAGCAACAGUUGUCCCCAUCUAAGCCUAUUACGUGCCGCUCUUAUGCCAGAGUUGGACUAAUGGGGAACCCAUCUGAUGGUUUCAAUGGAAAAACCAUUGCAAUGACCAUUGCUAACUUCUGGGCGGAAGUCACCAUGGUUGAGAGCCAGACUUUGGGCCUUCUACCUCAUCCUCUGAAUGACCCGACAGAGUUUGGAAGCUUGCAGGAUCUUUUCCGGAUCAGCCGCAAGGAAGGGUACUUAGGAGGUCUGAGACUUCUACAAGCCACCUGUAAAAAGUUUUACCAGUUCUGUUCAGAACAAGGCAUUGCUUUAUCCAAGCAGAAUUUUACUCUUAAAUAUGACACAAACAUUCCUCGGCAAGUGGGCUUAGCUGGUAGUAGUGCAAUCGUGUCGGCCACCUUGAAGUGCCUGAUGAAGUUUUACAACAUUACAGACAAUGAUCUUCCUAAACCAGUCAGAGCCAAUUUCAUCCUCAAUGUUGAGACUGAUGAGCUCUUCAUUACUGCCGGUCUACAGGACAGGGUUGUGCAGGUCUAUGAAGGCUUGGUUUACAUGGACUUUAGCAAGCAGCUUAUGGAUGACCGUGGUUACGGAGAGUAUAUUCCCCUGGAUAUGACUGAUCUUCCUUUAUUUUGGCUGGCCUACUUGGGUGAUCCAAGUGACUCUGGAAGGAUUCACAGUAAUGUCAGACAACGCUGGCUGAACGGUGAAUCUGUAGUGGUUGAAGCAAUGAAAUCGUUUGCUGACCUGACAGACCAAGCCCGGGCUGCUUUUCAGUGUAAAGAUUGGCCCAGACUUGCACAGCUAAUGGAUGAAAACUUUCAGUUAAGACGGUCUGUUUAUACUGAUGACUGUUUGGGCCCAGGAAAUCUAAAAAUGGCAAAUCUUGCGAAACAGUUUGGAUCUGCAGUAAAGUUGCCUGGCAGUGGUGGCGCUGUGGUGGGCUUGUGUCUGGACCAUGAACGACUGGUGGAGAUGAAAAGGGCUUUCCAAGAGGCUGGAUGUGUGUUUUGUCUGAUUGUGCCUUAUGAUCCAUCAGGCCAGGGUCAUAACUGAUUACUUAAAGAAAAGAUCCUGUAUUUGUUUUAUUCGUAGUCCAAAAAGUUGUUUCAGGCUUGUACAUAACACUGCAGCGUUCUUUAGUGGUAGAUGUGAGUGGGUGGGGCUACAGUUUUUGAAAGUAUGAGAAACAAUUGACUUUGUAAUGGUAGCCUUUCACACCCAUCCUGCUGUAUCGUUAAGAUUUUCUGAAAAACAUCAGGCAAAAAUCUUUGUAGCAGUAGACAUGAUUCCUUUAGCGAAUGGAUUGUUUUUUCAUUAAAUAUACAGUCCAAACUAUCAAGUUCCUGAAUUUUCUUUUAAAUUAAAUGAAGUUUAUUUAUUGGAUUAUUUACAUCAUUUGUAUCAUCUGUUUUUACUUUGUUAAUGUUGAUACUAAAUUGUAAAUAAAGCAUAAUGUACAUAUGCCUACAUGAAAAAAUAAUUUGAUAGUCUGCAGUAUUUACUUUAACAUACUAUAGUAUACAGUACUGCCGUUUACUAUAGUAGUAUUUGCAGUAUACUGUUUUCUAUAAUAUGUUAUAAUCAUACAAUAGUAUGCUAUUAUUACCAUAAACUAAUUGUUAUAGUGUCUUGUAGCAUUCAAUAGUAUUACAACACUAAGGUUAAAAAAAAUUUUGCAUACAUAUACACACUAUAGUAAUACUACUAGUAUUUUUAAGAAUAGUAAUUUUCUUGUGGGUGAGGAUUAGUUUAUGCUAAUGAAUAAAUGUGUACAGUAGGUCAGUGGUUCUGCCCCCCUUGUGUACGGUGCAUU